GCUUGUGAGACCCCGGAAGUGAAAGGGUAUGUUCGAAAUAAGUCAGGCUACUGCAGAGUGAGGAUGUGAGGACAUAACACCUGAUCAAAAACCAUCCCUGCCUGAAGACGAGGAAUUAUCCGAUAAACACAGAGUUGAUGGUUUAUCAAAGAUGUCGAACCAGUUAAAAAGCGUAACUCUUCGAUUUCGUUGAAUGAAACUGUGGUUCCUUGCUUGCUCUGUUUGAUGCUGAAUAUGACUAAUGCAGCGGUGACUGUCUCCUAGAGGCGACAAUGCUCAGGCCUGUCAAAACCGGCUUGUUUAGCUCAUUUCCGUCACACCAAUGACUAUGGACGUCAGAGCAGUUCUGGAGUUUGCUACAGUCACAAGGGGUCUGUCUUUGAUUUUACAGGUAAUUUUGUUAUAACGAUAUUUUGUUGUGACGACUCAAGGGAUUUAAUGUUAGCGCCCCCCAGCGUGAAAACCCAGUUAACAUUUCCCUCAAAUGUUUGGUUUCCCUGCAGUUAUAUUUGUGCCUGGGAGAUAAUAACUAAAGCCCAGGGAAGCUUUCUGCAUGUUUAAGUGAGUUUUUGCGAUGAAACACAUCUAUGUGAGAUCAAAUGUUUUGUAGAAUUGCUAAUUUUGAUGUUGUUUACUUCCCAGGCUGUCUUGAACGCAGCCAUCCCAGACCAUGAUGCUGAUGCAUUCAGGCCCCCUCGGACAGAGGAGCCUCUCUACCUGGACUCCACUGUGGAAUGGUUGCUGGGCGGUCUCUCUCACUGGGAUGCUGAACAUUUUCUCUUUAUUGCAGAGAGAGGAUACCUGUAUGAGCACAACUUUGCUUUCUUCCCCCUCUUCCCUGUUGUCCUUCGGGGCCUGGCUGAGACACUGCUGUGGCCCCUGAACAGCUGGCUGAGUGUAAGAGGACGUUUGCUGGUGGCUGUGGCUCUGGGCAAUAGUGCCCUCUUCCUGCUAAGUGUGGUCGCCCUGCAUGCACUUAGCAGAAUCGUUCUUCAGGAUAGACGUCUGGCUCUGCUCUCCAGUCUGCUUUACUGUAUCACACCGGCCAAUGUUUUCAUGACUGCUGGAUACUCAGAGAGCCUGUUUGCAGCGCUCACAUUUGGUGGUCUGUACCUCCUUGAAAAAGGGUUCACCCUACGAGCUUGCCUGGCUCUCAGCAUAGCCACUGCAGCAAGAUCCAAUGGACUUGUGAACAUCGGAUUUCUACUGUAUCUUCCAUCAUUGCACGCUAUAUCUCAGAUUCGGGUGUAUCGAACAACAACAAAGGGCCAUAGUAAAGUCUUCCGUUAUCUUUGGGUUGUCGUCCGCCUCCUGCUUACCUCCCUCCUGGGAACUGCAAUAAUUACCAUUCCAUUUUGUGCUUUCCAGUAUUACGGGUACAGGACAUUUUGUACACCAUCCGUCUCCUUGGAACGGAUUCCCCCCUCUCUUUUGUCUCUUGCUGAACGGAAGGGAUACCGGGUUCCAGAUGAAAAUGGACCACCUCCCCUUUGGUGCAUGAGACCCCUCCCCCUGCUCUAUUCUCACAUCCAGGACGUGUACUGGGAUGUGGGCUUUCUCCGCUACUUUGAGCUGAGGCAGAUACCAAACUUUAUCCUGGCUCUGCCUAUGGCAAACCUUGGCAUUAUGGCAGCUUAUGCAUACUUUAAAGCAAAUCCAGAACUGUGUCUGAGGCUUGGACUUUGGGAAACUAGUGCAAAUAAAGGACUCGACAAACCAACACCAGGAAUGUUUAAUCCUCGAGUGUUUGUGUAUGUGGUCCACUCAACAGUGCUUCUUGUGUUUGGCACGCUGUGCAUGCAUGUGCAGGUAAGUCAAUUAUUUAAUUACCCAGAUGCUACACAUUUAAUCUGUCUGCAUGUUAGUUGUAAAUGUUAUCUUAAUCUACAUUUCCAGGUCCUGACCAGAUUCAUGGCCUCCUCAACUCCGGUGCCCUUCUGGAUCAGCGCUCAUUUGCUCCUUCUCAAUGAACCUCUUCUUCAUCGACGGAAAACAUCGAACCCAAACGUGCAGAUACAAACACACUCCAGAAAUGGAUGCUUUUAUAAACCUCAAAAUCCCAUCAUUGCUCUGCUGCCACAUUUUACAACCUGUUCUCCUACCACUCAAAGCAUCUUGGGAUACUUUCUCUCAUACUGGGUGUUAGGCCUUGCUCUCCAUUGUAACUUCUUGCCAUGGACAUAAGACAUUACUCUGAGCCUUAAAUGCAAUAUUUUUAUGUAAGACUGAGCUGUAAUCCAUAUGUUUUAAUGGUGGUAUCAGUCGCCUCUUUAAGUUGUUCCCACAAUAGUUCCUAUUUUUUUGCCAAAGCACAUUCAACAAUAUUAAGAAAAAUAACUACAUACAUUAUUGCAACAAUUAGUUUUCAUUAAUAGUACAAACAUAAUAAACAGCCUGUCAGCAUCUUUUUUGUUUGAUCAAAAACCGAAAAAAAAAAAAAAAAUUAAAGAGAAACUAUGCCCAGUCCUGCAUAGAAUUCAUCAGUCUGAUUAAUUCUAUACAUGCCAUUGAAUUCAUGCAAUAGAUAAUGAUUUGCUUAUUUCUGUUUCAAAUGUUUGCAACAGCUUAAGAACAAAAUCAGAUGUACAGUAUACAUAAAAAACUAUUUAAAAACUUUAUUUUAACACUGGUCUUUGGAAAAAUAUGGUUGAAGAAAACUUGUGUAGAGAAAUAUAUCUAUUUCUUUCCGAAGCAACAUUUUUUUUAUUCUGUUGAAUAUUGCACUGCAUGUUCUUAAAGUCAUUCUGAGUAAGAGUUUUGGUGCUUUGGGGUAUGAUGAAAAAAAAAGACAAUAAACAUUUUGCUGCGGUAAAA